CAAAAUUUGGUCUAGGCAGGUAAUACCAUCUAAUCCAUGUUCACAUGACUCACAAGAAAGGCCAUUAAAAACCAUUUGAGAGGAUUAACUUAUUCAAGUAAUGAUCUUAUAACCAAUUUAAUAUGUAUUUGUGACAGGGCCGGCCAGGUGGAAAGUUCAGAUGAAAUUGACCGGCAAGUGCUCACUGUCCUUGAUAAGGUUAUUCAUUCCUUUAAGAGAGAAUCAAAACAGUACACAUAUGAAAUGAAACAUGUUGAAUAUUGUACAUUUUUCAGAGAUAUAGGAAUCAGUAACUGAUUGCUAUGGCAGUUGAUCAAGAAAGUUUCACUCAUGAUCUCACAGUUGUGCUGUCUUCAAUAGAAAGAGACAUUCUAAUAUGUAGAAACGGCGAACAGGUUAAGAUUAGCAGCAUAACAGGAAAGAUUGUGGGCUUGUAUUUCUGCAGUUCGUGGUGUGGUCCAUGUCGCCAGUUUACACCAAAGUUGGUGGAAGCUUAUGAGGAUCUUUAUCCUAAAGGUGACUUUGAAAUAGUGUUUAUUUCAUCUGAUAAAGAUGAUGAAUCGUUUAAUGAAUACUUCGCGAAAAUGCCAUGGCUUGCUGUUCCCUUUUCUGAUGCUGAGGCUAGAAAGAACUUAAAGCAGUUGUUCAAAGUAAGGGCAAUUCCACAUCUUGUGAUUCUUGAUGGGACAGGCAAUGUUUUGGGCAACGAGGGCGUUAAAUUUAUAAAAUACUUUGGUGCUGAAGCCUAUCCAUUUACUUCGGAAAGAGUUAAUUAUUUGAGACUGGAAGAAGAGAAAGCUAAGGAAAAUCAGUCUUUGAGUUCUCUUUUAGUCUAUGGAUCCCCCGAUUUUUUGAUUUCAAAUGAUGGGAGCAAGAUUUCCGUGUCUGAGCUUGAAGGCAAAACAGUUGGUCUAUAUUUUGCUAUGAGUUCUUACAAAGGGUGCAAGAAUUUCACCUUGAAGCUAGUAGAGGUAUACGAAAAGCUUAAACAAAAGAACUUUGAAAUUGUGCUGAUUUCUGUGGAUGAAAAGUAUGAGAAUUUUAAAGAAGGCUUUGUACCAAUGCCAUGGUUGGCUUUAUCUUUCAAAGACAAGAACUGUGAGAGACUUGUUCGGUACUUUGAGCAUAAACUCGUACCACAGCUUGUCGUAAUAAGUCCUGACGGGAAGACUCUGCAGCAAAAUGCAGUUAAAAUUGUCGAAGAAUAUGGUGAUGAAGCCUUUCCUUUCACACAAGAAAAGCUUGUUGCUAUGGCUAAUCUAGAGAAGAAGAAACUCGAAGCACAAACAUUAGACUCCAUUCCUGUUACUGCGGAUCGAGAUUUUGUCAUUUCAAAUGGUGGUUUAAAGGUUCCUGUGUGUAAACUAGUGGGGAACAACAUUCUACUGUACUUUGCAGCAAGUUGGAGCCUCCCAAGUCGAGAAUUUCUACCCAAACUCGUAACUGCAUACCAAGAAAUCAAGAAGAAAGACAAAAUGUUUGAAGUCAUUUUCAUCUCUAGUGAUCAAGAUGAACCUUCCUUUAAUAACAUCUUUUCAAGUAUGCCUUGGUUAGCACUCCCUUUCGACGAUGAAAGGAAGGCAUUUCUAUCGCGCAGAUUCAACAUAGUAGGCAUUCCGAUCGCCAUAGCCAUAAGUCCUAGUGGCAGCACUGUAAAUACACAAGUAAGGCAGCUGUUAGAGACACACGGUGAAAGAGCCUAUCCGUUUACGGAAGAACUCAUAAAGAAUUUGCAGCAACAACUCGACAAAAAUACAAUGGGUUGGCCCAAGAAAGGCAGAGAUGAAAUUCACAAUGAGCAUGAACUUGCGCUCUUGCAUCAGCAAGUUUAUCUUUGCAGUAGGUGUAAGCAAAUGGGGUACGGGUGGUCGUUCUUCUGCAAGCAUUGUAAUUACGGGCUCCAUCCAAAAUGUGCUCCGAAACAAGAUGAGAUGAACUGAAAACAAGUGUUUGAUGAAAACCCCCAUGCCCCUAUUAGUAACACAGAUCCACUUUAACCUUAUACAUGACCUCUAAUUUAUGUCGUUAUUAAACAUCUAGCUCAUAUUUGAAAUAAGAUUUGUGUAAUUUGUACUGUUUAUAUGUCUGAGCUUCUAGUAAGUAGUUGUAGUU